AUGGCCUCGUUUCGACGGCUCUUUAUCCGUCCAGUACUUCCUACUGUACUUGGAAACGAUGAAUUGUACGCUCUUGGCGACUCUGAUCUUUUGAUCCAGUUUCCUGUCGAGACAGGAUUCCUAUUCAAAGGAGAGAUAUCUUUAUCGGGACUAGAGAAUGCUCUUGCAAAGACUUUGUCUUCCUUUCCACUUUUCUGCGGCCGUUUGACGCGUGCUGCCGAUAAUGCAUACUCAAUCAAGCUCGUCAAUGCGCCCGUCGAGCUUGAAAUCGUUGAUACGAUGGACAUGUCCACGUUUCCUCAAGACGCGGUGAUCCAAGAUUGCUGGUCUUUCUCGUCGCCACUCGACAUGGCAGCGAUUCGACGGUGCGACGAUGAGCCGUUGUUCAAGAUGCGCCUCACAACAUAUACUAUGCCACAAGGCUCUAAAAUGUCUGUCAUUGGAAUCACAUCGGCACACAUGCUUGGUGACGGAUCGUUCAUAGUCAGGUUCUGGCGUCUGCUGUCACAGCACUAUCAAGGUCUUCCCUCUUCGGAUCCUCCAAUCACAUACACUCGGGCUGCCUUGAAUGUGACGCAUUUAGAGGCAAGGAAGCGAGAUGAACUCGAAUCCCUCUUCCCCCAAUUAUUACUUCGUAAUCCUAAACUUCCUCCACCGACCGAACGCAUCACCCUGUUCUUCACCAAUCCACAACUUGUUGCUCUUCAAAAAGCGCUUCAACAAUCAUGCAACAAAGCGGCACCUACGUCAUUUUCUGGCGCGAAUUCGAUCAAGCUCAGUGUACAAGAUUGCGUAACGGCCCUCGUCGCCGUGGCGUGCUCGCACGCUAUGGCCCAAACGGGAGAUCCGCCUGUGACGACGAUUCGCAACGUUCUUAAUUUACGGGGCGGAGGCGUCGUGCCCAUCUCUGAACCGCUCAAUGCGCUGAGUUGGGCAAACGCAACUACAUCCUCGCCACUCGACACCACUAUGACAGCGGUGGGGAUUCGUCGUGGAUUCCUCGACGCAAGAGACCAUGCCUUUCAAACGGCCUGCUUCUUGACCGUGUGUCGGCUCUGGAGACGCGCAGCGGACGAAGGUGCAAGCGUCGAUUUCACACCUCUACCAGGGGAGCUCACUCUCAACUCGUCUUGGAGGUUCGACUACACGAGUGCGCAUUUCGGAUUCGGUAGCGACAAGGCGCAUUUCCUACAUAACGUCUUCAAGGCGCCGUGCUAUGCAAAAAUAUUCCAACGUAACCCACCCAUCCGCCUUGCGGAUGACCGCGCUGUAGAAAGUUCACGUGGAGCAGAGUUUACGUUCUAUCUCUUACCCAAGCACAAGCCCUUGUUUCUUCAAGCACUGGAAACACAGUGGCGUUUAUUCAACCUCGAAGGAAGCAUCGAGGUAUUUGACGGACAUCUAGAGAAUACAGAAAAUGCAUAG